AUGGACAAUAAUAAUCCAGGCGCUGGCUCAGAGGGGGCAGAGCGCGCACAGGAAGAAGACCGGGGAAGGGAACUAUAUGAUCCCCUGAAUCAAACUUGUGAAGAAUUGUUCGGUGUGAGGGUUCCGGACGGAGAGUACCCAGAACAUUGGCCAGAUAACCAGAUUACUGGAAUCCCAGGCUUUGUAGAUACCGGCAUAGCCAUGUCUCGCCAUGACCUUGCCCGUCAUUACAGCCAGCGACGCCAGCGCAUCAGCUCAAAUCUUUCAACCUCGGGUGGUUCCUAUGCCGUUGUUCACUCCUCAAAUACACGCCGCGGUUCACACUGGCCUGACCUUCAUUUGUCAAGCAAUGGCUUCCCAGGUGGUAAUUACAAUACGGGCUCUUAUUUCCCGGGCUCCCAGAAUCUAGGCUACCCUGUCCAAGGAGGCCUAUGGAUAGGUGCCCAACAGCCAUUCGCCCUGGAUACACAAGCGGCAGCCCAGUACCAUAACCCUCUAUACAGCUUAACCCAACUCCAGGCCAGCCAGCAACAGUGGAAUCAGUCGUCUUCCGGCCAAAAUGAGUUGGAUGACGAUGUCUCAUGCUCUUACUGCUGUCGCAAAAAGGAAAAAAUGUAUAUUAGCGACCGAUGGGCGAGAAUGCGAGAGCAGUCAAGCACGUAA